AUGGCUUUUAUCGUUACCAAAGUCGUGAUAUCUGUGGGCCACAAUGUGCUUAGCAUUGAAUUGGCGUUCAACAUACUCCAAAGAAAAGUGUUUGUCGACAAUAAAUUGGACGUAUUUAUUUUAACUUUAGACGUUAACGAAGUAAUUGAAACGGCUGAACAUAUUAAAAAAUGUUGUUUCUCCAACUUGAAUGAAUUAAUCGUGACCGAAGAUUAUCUCGAAGCGUUUUCGAAGGCUGAUUAUUUUCUACUAAUGACUAAUCUGAAUGCGUCUGACCGCAUAAUUCACGAAAACAUCCACAACUUAGAUCAUGUUUUCAAAAAGGCCAAAUUGUUCGAUCGUCUGGCCAACCUGAACGCUAGGAUCGUCGUAAUGGGACCGUGGUCAAAUACAUGGUUACAGAUUUUCGCGGAAGUCGCGACACGCCUACGCAAGUGCAACUUUACCGGUUUGUCUAGACAUCACGUGAGUAAAGCGUUGGGGCUCAUCGCACGAAAACUUGACGUGAGUUAA